GUCAGUCAUAGCAAACACUUUCUUCUACUUUGUUCUACCAAAACAUGUUAAUACUUACACCAAAAACACAACACAAACACUUAAAUUAGGAAGAAGUUGCGCGGUUAAUUUGGCAGGAUGUUUUCAGGAAUACUACCCAUGAUGCAGCAGACUCGAAGGGCCACGGUGCCACUAAGUGGCGUCUCCAAGUCCAAUAGUGGAUCGUUUAAAUCAUCCAAUUGCAGAAUGCAACUCCUUUCGCGAACCGGCAUGCUUCUACUGGACUACAAGCAAUACAAAGCAGCACGAACUGUCCAACAAAACUGGCGAAAAUUCCACUAUCGAAAGUGUUUCAAGGACUUAAGAGCGGCGGCCAUCACGAUUCAACGCUGGUGGCGCGGAUUCUUGGUCAGAAACAACUACUUGAGGCUGGUGGAGAACAUGCUGCAGCAGCGGGUCCUGGAUCACAACCACCGGUCGGCCACCAAGAUUCAGGCCCUAUUCCGAGGAUGGAAGAGCCGGCGCACGAUUCACGAUCACAGCAAAUUGCUCAGGAAGCAGGUGUGCGCCGCCGAGGAUCUGCUCAACUGCGUGGCCUUCAAGUUGCAUCACCUGCUCCGCACCUUCGCUAUUCCAGGUGUAUAUUCGCUUAAGAACUCAAACUGCAUGUCGCGCAUAGAGAAGCUGCUGGCCAGCUUGCACUUCCGGUUUCACAACGGAAGGGUUAAGUCGCAGCUGGCAAAAGAAGCUUUCGGCAAGAGCAACAAGUUCAGCAAAGUCCCUUUCGAAGGAGCACGCUAUUGGAGCCAAUGCAAGCCGAAGUGCGAUGCCGCCUUGAAAAUGUCCAAGAAUAUUGACAGGCGCAUGUACAGGAUCAUCGAGAUAUACGAUGCCUCACAGAGAGAGGCUCAUACGGCGUUGGUCGAAAAGAAUAGAGCGUACAGAAAGCAAAAGGGGCUUAUGAAGAACGUGAAGAAGGCGACUGAGAAGAGUAAACGCGACUUCUGCGGCGAUGUCAUUGCCAGCAUGAGACGCUGGAAAAUCCUGGUGGACAACGACCUCAGUGUGGGCAAGAACAUAUUUAAAAACCCGGAAAACCUAGAGAGGUUCAUCACCGAAAUAUCACAAUACGCAGAUGAGUUCGAAAACUGCACCUGCUAUUGCCGCAUUCCCGUAUUUACAGAAAUCUAUUGCGGCUAAGUGUCAUACAACUAGUAAUACAGUACCAAGUAGUGAAAAUAAACACAUUUUUACCACUAA